AUGGGUAGUUCGUACUCAUAUGAGAGCUCGUGGUCAGAUGAGGUGACAUCAGUCAUAAAUAACCACGCAAAAAGCAUAGACAAGCAUGACGAGAUACUUCACGAGCUGCGGUCGUGGUGCGAAAGAUUGGGCAAUGAAAUCAGAGCUGUUAAUGCGAGCACAACCCAAGGCAAUAAUACACAAAAUGAAAGAUUGAGCGUGUAUCUUGAACCUCUUUCCAGAAAGGUUGACGGUUUUAACGCAGAGAACGGUCAACUGCGUGAAAAUCUAGCCGCUCUUUCUGCGAAGAUCGAUCAGAAUAUUGCAGAUAUCAGUCACUGGAAAACAGAAGUUGAAGCUCUACCUGCCAAAUUUCAUGAUGUCCUCGGCACAGAGGUCAAUACUAUGAAUGCGAAGUACCAAGCGCUUUCUACAAAGGUUGAUAAUGGUUUCAACAACAGUCCACCAGCUAUCAACCGGGGGCUUGCUAUCGGGUUAUCUCUUGGCCUCGGCAUUCCUCUAACCAUAUCUCUGGUUUUCUUAUGUGCCAUGUGGAUUCGUCGCAGAUACCCAUAUAUACCGCAACACAUGAAUAACGAGGAAGCUCAAAACUAUAUAAAAAUACACAAAGCAACACGGCAAAAAACACUCACCGAAAAGCUCUGCAAGCUUUUUGAAGCCCUUGGUUUCAAAAAGAAGCAGGCUGUUCCGGAGAUCUAUGUGAUGGAAAACACACCCACGAAGUGA